CUCAGAUGUGACCUGGCACAAUGAAGCACCUCCUUUCCAGGCAGUGCUCAACGACAGCGAGCCCACCUGGGUCUGGGAGGAUGAGCAGGGCUUCUCAGCACUCCGGCACUCUGGUAAAUGUGAAUGUAAAGAGCAAGUUUUAGGGAAUCCCAAGGUCUUCUGCGGGAUGAAGUACACCUAUGUGAUCAAGACAAAGAUCUUGUCAGCUCAUGACAAAGGCUCUCAUGCAGAAGUCAAUGUGAAGAUCAAGAAAGUCUUGAAAUCUACAAAGCUGAAGAUCCUCCAAGGCAAGAGGACACUCUACCCUGAGUCCUGGACUAACAGAGGCUGCACUUGUCCCAUCCUCAAUCCUGGCUUGGAGUAUCUUGUGGCAGGACACGAGGACGUCCGAACGGGCAGACUCAUUGUCAACAUGAAAAGUUUUGUCCAUCAGUGGAAGUCAGCUCUCGGAAGAAAGGUCUUGGAGAUUUUGAAAAGAGACUGCAACUAGAGGUGUGUGACUGCCUAGGGCGUUUCUUUGUGCACAAAAUGCAACAGCCUUCACGGAGAGAAGACCUCUAGGGUGAAAACUGGAAUGUAAGAAAAUAGUGCCAAAACAUGUAGCAAGGCAUUCAGAGUUGUAGGCGCUGUCUAAUUUAACCCUUUCUGGCCAAUGUUCAUUCACUUGACUGUAGCUUCCUUGUCGGGGCUCACCUGAGCCCAGCUCAUCGUUAUGUUGAGGGAAACAAAAGGAAGGGUGGAUGCUCGUCUCGCUCCAGUGCAGUGUUGGAGCAACUCCUAUGAAGCCACUAAUUACCCAAGACUGAAUUGCCACCAUAGAAGAGCUACUGCUGAGAAGCCAAACGUCACUGCCAGUGCCACCAGCAUGGAUCCUGAGUGACUUCCAGAGGCUCCCAGAGGAUGCUGUGGGGAAGGCAAUGGCCACAGCAUCAGGUAGGCAGUGGCAGCAGCAUGGCAAUGACAACCACUCUUUAGAAACACCC